UUUACAUAUCGCUGGUUGUAGGUUUGGGCUGGUUUAAGUUGAGUCAAACCAUAACAUUUUGAUACUUGAAGUUAUAUUUUUUGUUUACUUACUAAAUUCCCAUUCUGUAACUCUUUAUUUCUUAACUUAAGGGUAGUUUCAAAUAAGCAUUUUUUAUUUUAUUUUAUAGGAGUAUCGGAUAGUACCGUCUGGCAUAUUUCAAAAGAGGGCUUUAUGUCUACUUCCAUGCUUUGAAUAAAAUAACAUUCUGUUUUAUUCCCCUCUUCUCCCCCCAGUGGCAGUGGCGAUGACGUCAGAGCCGGACUCGUGUUCGGAAGAGGAGCCGGACAGCGAGAUGCUCAGCGACGACCCGAGUUUCCAGGACAGUGAUGACGAGAGACAGAUGCGGGCACAGUCGGACCUACCCCCCGGCCUGCCUCUCCGAGCGCCCCGCAAGUUGUUCUCCAACUGCCGCGAGCGCUGGCGCCAGCAGAACGUGAGUGGAGCCUUCGCCGAGCUCCGGAGACUCGUGCCCACGCACCCGCCCGACAAGAAGCUGUCUAAGAGCGAGAUAUUGAGGGUCGCCAUCAGAUACAUCGGUCUUCUAUGCGAGGUGCUCGAGUGGCAGAAAGCGCAUUCCAUCUCCACUAACAAAGAGAACAACUCCUUAGCAAUCAAAUGCGAAUCACCUCUUAGCCCAUCGCAGAACCUACGCAGGAAGUACAAACGACCUUAUUGCAAUGAUGAUGAAGGUCCAAAACCGAAAAUCUUUCUCGAAGGCGCUAACGACUUUCCGAAAUUCGGCAACGAGGAAAAUGAAGAUGGUUCGCUCUUCAGACGCUACCAAAGUCGAGUGGUCCAAAACAAAAUGGAGCACUAUAGGUUCCUCAGAAGCUCUUCCUAUUUCCCAAGAUGGCGCCAUCCCCUGCCGUUAAGGAACUUGACAACUGACAGGAAUGGAAACAACUUGCUCAUGAUCGCUCCAGCGCAAAAUGGGACGAGCAAACCAGAUAAUGGGGUUGUGAAGUAUUGCAACGGAACUGCAGAUGUUGAUAAGUCUCUAGAUAAAGACAAAGGUGACAAUAAGGAUGGGAUGAACAAAAUGAUGUAGUUUAAGUCAAUAUUUUUUGCAAUACUAUAAUUUAACCGUGUUUACCGACAUAUAAUUUAAGAGUGUUUUUUUAUUUAUUGUACCGAUAUUUUGUUAUUAAAACGUAGCUAUAGAUUGUUAACAAUAUUAUUAAAAAUUAAAA